GCCGCGGGGUCGCAGGCCGCCCGCAGGCCGGUCCAGGGAGGCGGCGAGGGCGGCGCCCAGGCGCCCACCGCAGAGCAGGCAGGAUGAGCAUCGAGAUCCCCGCGGGACUGACGGAGCUGCUGCAGGGCUUCACGGUGGAGGUGCUGAGGCACCAGCCCGCGGACCUGCUGGAGUUCGCGCUGCAGCACUUCACGCGCCUGCAGCAGGAGAACGAGCGCAAAGGCGCCGCGCGCUUCGGCCAUGAGGGCAGGACCUGGGGGGACGCGGGCGCCGCCGCCGGGGGCGGCACCCCCAGUAAGGGGGUCAACUUCGCGGAGGAGCCCAUGCACACCGACUCGGAGAACGGGGAGGAGGAGGAGGAGGUGGCGACCGCGGACGCCGGGGCGUUCAACGCUCCGGUAAUAAACCGAUUCACAAGGCGUGCCUCGGUAUGUGCAGAAGCUUAUAAUCCUGAUGAAGAAGAAGAUGAUGCAGAGUCCAGGAUUAUACAUCCCAAAACUGAUGAUCAAAGAAAUCGAUUGCAAGAGGCUUGCAAGGACAUCCUGCUGUUUAAGAACCUCGAUCCGGAGCAGAUGUCUCAAGUGUUAGAUGCCAUGUUUGAAAAACUGGUCAAAGAAGGGGAGCAUGUAAUUGAUCAAGGAGAUGAUGGUGACAACUUCUACGUGAUCGAUAGAGGAACAUUUGACAUCUACGUGAAAUGCGACGGUGUCGGAAGGUGUGUGGGCAACUACGACAACCGCGGGAGCUUCGGUGAACUGGCCUUAAUGUACAAUACGCCCAGAGCGGCCACAAUCACUGCUACCUCUCCUGGUGCUCUGUGGGGUUUGGACAGGGUAACCUUCAGGAGAAUAAUUGUAAAAAAUAAUGCCAAAAAGAGAAAAAUGUAUGAAAGCUUUAUCGAGUCACUGCCAUUCCUUAAAUCAUUGGAAGUUUCCGAACGCCUGAAAGUGGUAGAUGUGAUAGGCACCAAAGUAUACAAUGACGGAGAACAGAUCAUUGCUCAGGGAGAUUUGGCGGAUUCUUUUUUCAUCGUGGAGUCGGGCGAAGUGAAAAUCACUAUGAAAAGGAAGGGUAAGUCAGAAGUGGAAGAGAACGGCGCCGUGGAAAUCGCUCGCUGUUCUCGGGGUCAGUACUUCGGAGAGCUGGCUCUGGUCACCAACAAACCUCGGGCCGCUUCCGCGCACGCCAUCGGGACCGUCAAAUGUUUAGCUAUGGAUGUGCAGGCGUUUGAAAGGCUUUUGGGACCUUGCAUGGAAAUUAUGAAAAGGAACAUUGCCACCUAUGAAGAACAAUUAGUUGCUCUGUUUGGAACUAACAUGGAUAUUGUUGAACCCACUGCAUGAAGCAAAAGUAUGGACAAGACCCGUAGUGACAAAAUUCCGCAGUAGUGGUUAGUCCACUGAGAAUGUGUUUGUGUAGAUGCCAAGCAUUUUCUGUGAUUUCAGGUUUUUUUCCUUUUUUUUACCUUUACAGUGUAUCUGUAAACAGAGUAGUGAUUUAAUACUCAAUAGGCUUUACCAUCAUUUCUAAAGAAUAGGUCAAAAGAAUACUGACAUACUGCUAAGAUGACUUUGUACUCCACAAAAUUAUGAUUUGAGUGAAAGGUUCAUUCAGAUGAUUGUAAUAUACCAAAAGUAUCUGUGUGUAAGAAGAUAAUUAAAGGACACUGCCGUGGGUGAUAAGUGUUCGUUUGGACUUCCCGGGGUUGCUGUGUUAGUGACUGUGCCCAUGGAAAGGGACCUUGGCAGUGACUCAUGCUGGACAGCAUGACAUCACAUUCUUUUUACAACUCACUAUAUAUAGUAAGUACAGUUUUAAUCAUUUUUGUUUUCUCAAGUUUUUCAGGCUUGAUAAGUUAUGUGCUGGCCUUGGACUACGGUGAAAUGGUAGAAAACAUCAUAUGCAAUUUUCAGACCUUUUAUAUUUUUGCAAUAAAGUACAUUUUGAUGUCUUUGGCAUAAUGUCAGUAACUUCCAUACUCCAGUGGUUUUAAGGAUGAGAAUGUAGUCAUUAUGAUAAUAGGGAAGAGUCUUUGAGAUGAGAGAUCAUUAACACAAUUUCCUCAUAAAGCAUAUAUCUGCUCCUUUUUUCCAUUUUGUAGUUCUCUGUACUCUUUAAAAGUUUGAGUUCAACAUUUAAUGUCACAAAUGGUUUUGUUUUUUUUUUAAUGCUACUUAGACUUUUCUUCUAGAAGCUGGAGAUCUUACAUAUGCUGAAAAA